CAACAUUAAAAAGAAAGACCAAAAAAAAUGAUGAUACAACAUCUCAGAAUUUCAGUGAAAAGAUGAUGCCAAGACAAGCAUACGCGCCUACACCACACAGCUACGUCCCAAACACAACACUGUCCGCCACAAUAAAUCUCGAUGAGGAGGUGAAACUCGCAGACACUCGCGCGGAGCGAGACCUGCAGGACUCCCUCGCAGAGAUCUUCAGCAUCCUCGUCACCCUCGACGAGCUGGAGAAGGCCUUCCUCAAGGAUGCCAUACCAGAAGCAGACUACACCGAGAUCUGCGAGAGGUCGCUCAAGCAGUACAAGGCCAUCCUGGCAGACGAGGGCGUGGCGAGGGCAUUUGUCGGGAUCGAGGAGUUCAAGGCGGAAUGGGAUCUCGAGGUGCCCCGUGCCACAGAGCGCAUCCGCGUCGGCAUGCCCAGCACGGCUCUGACCGCCUCCUCCGGGACAGCGGCCCCCUCCCAGGCGGCAUCCGGGACCAACACCAGCGGCGCGCUCAUCCUCGAGGCCACGCAGGACUUCAUUACGUUUCUGGAUGCCCUGCGGCUUGGUCUUCUCGCCAAGGACCAGCUGCACCCCUUGUUGACGGACGUGAUCCAGUCCGUGAACAAGGUGACAGAUCGGGAUUUCGAGAACAGGGGCAAGAUUGUGCAGUGGUUGAUCGCGCUGAACCAGAUGAAGGCGACGGAGGAGCUGAGUGAGGCGCAGGCGAGGGAGUUGGAGCUGGAUAUCAACUCGGCCUAUUCGGGGUUCAAGGACACAUUGACUUGAUGGGAGAUGAGAAGGCAGCCCGAAUGGAGCCGAGAUGCCCCCUUCCUGCGGUUUUUGCAGGAUAAAUCAAUCUAAAUCUCCUGUGACUAGG